UGUGAUGUCACGUUGGAACGUUCGCUUAGUGGUCCCCUCGGCAGGCUGGACAGAGCCCGGAGGGGAACUCAGCCGGAGGGGGCCCACGCGAUGCUGACUUCUGUUUUGUAAACAAAAUUCCAGGGUGGGCUGCUUCAAGGAGCGAGCGAGAAACAAGCCCCACAAGAACAUUCCUUAGCGUUGGACUAGUUUAAGACCCAGACCCUGUCCCCUCAGAGGCAUGGCAGGAAAGCUGUUCCCUGAAAUACUAAUCGGUGAUUCUGAGGACACUUUCAAGAAACCACCAACUGCAAAAAACCCCUUUGGUACCAGAAGAGGUGUGAGGUUAACAAGCCCGUUAAGUGCAGAUGAAGAAUCCCAUCAGAGUAACAGUCUAGCAGACUCUGUGGAGAAAAAAGAGCUCCAGGAGAUGGGCGAGGAAGAGGAAGAGGAGGAGGAAGGGGAGCCACACCAAGAUGUCCCAGGCAACAUCAUGGAAGACGGAUGUUCAGGGCUGACAAUAAAGGACGUUUCGGGUGAUGGAGUGCAACGGGAGCUCUGGACUCCAUUCACUAGCAAUACCGAGGAGCAGCUGGAGUCCAGAAUGAGCGAGCUGGGUUCGUUCUCGCACAGUUUUGAGCUCGAGGGUAAAACCACCCCUCCGUUCUCCAGGCUAGAACCCCCGGAAAACAGCCACGAGGACUCGGAGAGCUACUGCCUCUUAGACGAGGAUUCCAUCCUGAGCGACUCUGCUGUCUCCACCGGCUACUUCCCCUGCUACCGAACAUACGUCGAGCUCCCGCGCUACCAGCCGCCCCGCAAUGCCGGUUCUCCACCGGGGGAUGCCGAAGGCAGAGCAGGAAGCAGCUGUGAUGUCAGCGUCCAGUGCAGCGGGUGGCUAGAGGAGGACUCGACGCACCCUGGCACCAGAGCCAGCGACACCACGCAGGGCUCCAGAGACCAAGAUGAAGCGUUGGCCUGUGAGACCAUCCCCAACGCGUCGAGCAAAGGACCACUGCCUGACGGCAACAGACUCACAACCCCCGGGAAGGAAUUUGAAGGCCGAAAUGACGGGGAUUCGAGUCAGCAAAGGCCUGCGUCGGAGAAACAACAGGAAUGUGGUCCAGAGGUGAGUGAAAACCCAAAGGAGCCUGAGGCGACCCUCGCAACGGAGGCUGCAUUACUAGUGGAGGGGCACUCCCCCUCAGGGGCUGUGGGGAAAGACUCAGGACAGCAGCCGGGGGCGGUGCCUCAGAGCAGCCCGCUGUCCAGCAAAGGCCAGGCUCCACCACUAUCCCCUGCUGCCGCCAUCAACAAAAGCCCCCCGAAGAAACAGCCGAAGCAAUGCAGGAAGGAGGAUGUGGAUGUCAGCCGGGCAGAGCUCGCCCCACUGCUGGGCCCAGGGCGUAAAAGAGGCGCUCUCUUUCCAUGUGGGCACAGCCCGGAGACGGGGAGCUGUGAGAUUGAAGCAUCAGGAAGUGGCCAGGAAGGAGGGUCCAGGAAACCGUCACCGUGCUCUCGUCCCUCAACCUCCAGCACCCCAGCCCGUGAAGCACCACGAUCCACCCCCUCCCGGCUCAGCCUGCGCUCCCUGGUAAGCUGGGUGCGAAAGAUCUUCAGGAGGUCAUCUGCAGCGAAGGCACAGGCUGGCGGCAGCCGGGGGAUGGAGGAAGACCGGGGGCAGCCAGGCAGUAGGCUGAGAUGGUGGAUCUACCGUAGGCGGAACCGCAUUUACCCCCAUUAAAGCACCUCACCUCCACCUCCUAACCAGUAACUGGCCUCUGUGAACUUCAGGAGGAUGAAUACAGACUGCCACACCCCAAGGGCUGGUUAUUUUUAAAAAAUAUAUUAUUUCCGUAACA